AUGAGUUCUUCACCUUCCUCUUCCUCUUCUACUUCCUCUCGCAGUAUGUUUCUGGAUUCAGGAUUUUUGAUGGGACAGAAAGAAGUAACAAGAAUCUUGAUUCUGUUUCUUGGUUUCACUGCUUCAUGUCUGGUUUUAUAUAAAACAGCUUAUCCUCUGCAACGACUUGAGGUCAACAAUCUCACCUCUCUUCUCGCUACUCAAUCUCCACCAUCCCCGAAUCUCAACUCAUCAGAGACUUCUCCAGAAACAACAACAAAACGAAAGAUCAGUUUCAAGGAGAUUUUGGAGAAAGCUUCGACUAAGAACAAUACAGUGAUAAUAACGACACUGAAUCAAGCUUGGGCAGAGCCAAACUCUCUGUUCGAUCUCUUCUUAGAGAGUUUCCGUAUCGGACAAGGAACACAACAGCUUCUGAAACAUGUGGUUGUGGUUUGCUUGGAUCCCAAGGCGUUUGAACGAUGCUCACAGCUUCAUACUAACUGCUACCACAUUGAAACCUCGGAAACUGAUUUCUCCGGCGAGAAAGUUUACAACACUCCUGAUUAUCUCAAGAUGAUGUGGCGCAGAAUCGAGCUUCUCACACAAGUUCUCGAGAUGGGUUUCAACUUCAUUUUUACGGAUGCAGAUAUAAUGUGGCUUAGAGAUCCAUUUCCUCGACUGUAUCCAGAUGGAGAUUUUCAAAUGGCUUGUGAUAGAUUCUUCGGAAAUCCUUUUGAUUCAGACAACUGGGUCAAUGGAGGUUUCACAUACGUAAGAUCAAACAAUCGAAGCAUAGAGUUCUACAAAUUCUGGCACAAAUCUCGUUUGGAGUAUCCAGAGUUACACGAUCAGGAUGUGUUCAACAGAAUCAAGCACAAGCCUUUUAUCUCUGAGAUUGGAAUCCAGAUGAGAUUCUUUGAUACGGUUUACUUUGGUGGGUUUUGUCAAACGAGCAGAGACAUAAACUUGGUUUGCACAAUGCAUGCUAAUUGCUGCAUUGGAUUAGAGAAGAAGCUUCAUGAUCUGAAUCUUGUUCUUGAUGAUUGGAGAAAGUAUCUGUCUUUGUCGGAAGAUGUGCAGAACACGACUUGGAGUGUUCCUAUGAAGUGUUUGGAAGAUUGA